GAUCAGCGCCAGCAAUCCAAUCGAAGCAACUCCCGUGAGGACUUCCCGGGCGCAGAGAUACGUCCUGUGGGCCAGUGGCUCGGUCACGGCAUGCGCGCAGAGGCUGUGGAGGCAGAAGGCUCCGUGCCCCUCAGAGAAGACAGCGAAGCUUCAUCUCAAGGCAUCAUGAGUCUACCGCUUGAGGACCUCGGGCUUCAGUCAGAAGAUCUGGCUUCACAGCGGGAGCGGGGCAGUGGAUUCACUGUCAACGAGGAUCCCUCCAGCGGGAGCGUCUAUGCAGGGAUUCCUGCGUUGCCGUUGAAGCGCACCAGUGCACCGCAGGCGGUUCCUGUGACCAGAGAGACGAAAGACGAGAAGGAAGAAAGCGCUAGAUCCAGCCGGAGGAGCAGCGUGUCGAGCGUUGUGGCAGAGUCGAUUGAAGAGAUCGGCAUGGAGCCCAUGGCAAAGGAUGCUUCCUACGGCAGAGCGCUGAGCGCAGAAAUGGUUCCCCCAACUUCGAAGCAAGACAGUGCAGAAGCAGGGCAAGGUGACUCAAUGCCAGGGGCGGAGCCAGUGACCAGGCAGAAGAAAGACGAGAAGGAAGAAAGCGCUAGAUCCAGCCGAAGAAGCAGCGUGUCGAGCUCUGUGGCGGAAUCGAUUGAAGAGAUCGGCAUGGAACCGGUGGCGAGGGGCAGAGCGUUGGGCAGAGGGUUGAGUGUCGAGAUGGCUCCUCCGACCGCGAAGGAAGGCAGUGCAGAAGCAGCGCAAGUUGGCCCCUUGCCAGGGGCGGAGCCGGUGACCAGGGAGAAGAAAGACGAAAAGGAAAGCGCCAGAUCCAGCCGGAGAAGCAGUGUGUCGAGCUCUGUGGCAGAAUCGAUUGAAGAGAUCGGCACGGAACCUGUGACACACCAGGGACAUCAGGACUUGAUGGCACCUCAGCACUUACCACGCACCAGCGGGUCACAGGAACCGCGUGUUUUGUCUGGCAUAUUUGCUGAUGACCUGGAGGAGAUCAGCGUGGAGCCGGUGUUUGCCACGGGAAGGAUUGCCCAGGCCCGGAUGAGUAACACCCAGCACAAAACUUCUUUCUCCGACAGGGCGUUCGGUGCCGAAAUGGCUGCGGGGCUUUCACUGAAGCAAGGCGGCGCAGACGAAGCACAAAGCUCCUUGGCAGGGGUGCCGCCUGCGACCAGAGAGAAGAAAGACGAGAACGAGGGAGCUGCGAUGAUCAGCCAGAGAAGCAGCGCGUCGAGCUCUGUAGCAGAUGCAAUUGAAGAGAUCAGUAUGGAACCCGAACCCGCGACGAAACGCAUGUCGUCGGACCUGCUGGGACAUCGGCAAGCUGCGUCCAACGGUCCACUCGAGCAGAUUUUUGCAACACAGGAUUCUGGUGCUUCGACGCUUGAAAGUGUCGCGAAAUAUGAUGCUGGCUUGAUCAAGUCGCAACAAGGUCGCGCAGACAGAGCCGGUCCUUCAAGUAGACAGGAAGCCAUCACAGCCCGCAGCUGCAGUCACAGCAGCAGUGGGGCCAGCAGCACAGACAUGAAAUGUCGAGAGCCUGAACCUGCACCACACAAGCAAGACACUUGCCUGCAACAUGCAAUCUUUUGCGUAACUCGCCUGUGUCCCAGGCCCAAGACCAUGUUCGAAUUAGCAAUGCCCCUAGCCCUAUACGAGACUCAGGCGGCUCCUGGCGGCUGCCCGAACCUCGGACAUCCUUCCUCCACAAACGACACCGGAUUUCCAACAAAACUUAACGUACGGCAGCACCACUCCGGUCCUAGGCAGCAGUUUCGAUUAGACCCGAAAAUACACAACUACCCUGUGUGA